GGUCGGUGGUGCCAGCUGAGCUGAUCCGGCAGUCGUCUGGUUCCAACCGACGUCGCUGACGGUUUACGCCAGGAUUCCAGUGUAUUUUUGUCGAUGGUGAACGGUGGCUGCCGUCGCUGCAGUUGCUCAGCAGCUUGGCAACCGGCGAUUUGUGGGCGGUGCGUGGUGCGGGCGGCAUGCGGUUGUGGUGCUCGAGGUACCGGAGUCAUUGCCAUAAUAUUCCGGCAAUAACUACCUGACUGCGGGGAGCAGUGGAGGUGACCCGGCCCGACCUGACCUUGGUUUCGCUGACCGGAGCCAGGUCAUGGGCUGCACGGCCAGCGGGCCGGCCGACCCCGCCCGCCGGCACUCCUCCGGCCCCGCGGUCAAGCCUCCGGCCGUCACGUUCGCGGAGGAGAAGAUGACGUCGGCGGGCAACAGGAUGACGUUAUGGAGCAGCAAGCCGUCACUGUCGCGUCCCAGCUCUGCCGACGGGAGGGGUCGUGUUGGCCAGAUGGUGGUGCGGCCCCACCCGGUGCGGGUGCUGCUGUGGUUCAGCCGGUCGGACAGCCGCAGCAAGAUCCUGUGUCGGGCAUGCACGCGGCUGCAGCUCAACUACGACGCCGUCUACAGUCACGAGAAGGCGCUGGACGUCUACAACACGGCCAGCCCGCAGCUGGUCAUCAUCGACCAGCGGAACAGCAAGCACGUGCCGGGGGCGCCGGCCCUACAGCUGCGGACCUGCAACCCGAACUGUUACGCUGUUAUGGUAGCGCUGGUUAGCAAAAGCUUUAUCGCCAAGGACGGGGCGGCCACAUCCAUCCUGCAAAAAGGCUUCAAUCGGUGGCUGGUGGAGAGCACGAACGAGCUGCAGUGCAUGAACGAGCUGCAGCUGCUGGCCAAGAGCGACGUGGAGCUGCAGUCGCGACUGCACGCCACCGACGCGCUCUUCGUGGCGCUCAACGAAUCGCGCGAUAUCGUCGAGAUCACCGACCACGAGUACAAUGUCCUGUACGUGAACCGGACGUGCGUGGACGCGCUGGGCCUGAGCCGUGACGAGAUGGUGGGCCACAACCUGCUCAAGGUGCACCAGCUGGAGGUGACGCGGCCCGAGCAGGCCGAGCAGAUCGUCACGCAGCUGGCCAAGGGCCGCGAGUACGACGGCCACUUCAUGUGCCGGCGUCGCAACGGCGAUAACCUGCUGCUGCCCUGCCGCGCCUUCCCCGUCUCGGCCAACAGCCGGUCGGUCGACCACCACGUGUUCGUCAAGGAGUGUCCGGCGUUCGUGCUGGACCGGCCGCCGCCCAUCUCGCGGAUCCGCACGCGCGCCAGCGUGCGCUCGCUGCGCAAGCCCUCGUUCGACCUGCGCACCACCAGCAACGCAGGCUCGCACGUGGUGGUGCGGCGAGCCAGCCUGGCCAAGGCGCCCACCGGCAUCGAGGCGCCCAUCACCAAGGUGAUCGGCAUCAUCCUGUCGGCGCAGCAGGCGGCGCCCAUGUACGUGGCCCAGGCGCUCGAGAAGGGUCUGGAGAUUCUGAAGUCGACCGAGCUGUACUCGCCGCAGCUGAACGUGCCCGGCAGGGACUCGGUGGUUGCCAAGCUGCAGGACCCCGUUACCAACGAUCUGCUGGGUGCCCUGCUCUCGCACGGCCCGUCGCCGUCGUCGGAGUCGACGGUGGCGCGCCGACUUUCGGACGGCGCCGGGCGGAUGCACCGGCACAGUCGGCCCUCGCUGCCCAACAUCCAGACCAACUCGACGGCCAUUUGCAGCCUGCUGGAGCGAGACAUGAACUGGAACUUCGAUAUCUUCCAGCUGGAGCGGAUCACCAACAAACGGCCACUGAUCUGGAUGGGCAUGGACGUAUUCCUCAAGUUCGACGUACCUAGCACGCUCGGCGUCGACAUCGGAACCGUCGAGAACUGGCUCAACUUGAUCGAGGCCAACUACCACUCGCAGAACUCGUACCACAACUCUACGCACGCCUGCGACGUGCUGCAGUGCACGGCCUACUUCCUGGAGCGUGAGCGGCUGAAGAGCGUGUUCGACCCGGUGGACGAGGCCAUCUGCCUGAUCGCCUCGGCCGUGCAUGAUGUCGACCACCCGGGAAAGAACAGCCCGUUCCUCUGUAACUCACGCAACGAGCUGGCGAUGCUGUACAACGACCUGAGCGUGCUGGAGUCGCACCACGCCGCCUUCGCGUACAAGCUGACGCACUCGGACGAGCGAGUCAACAUCUUCAAAAACCUGGAUGAGGCCCUGUACAAACGGACACGCCAGAGCAUCAUCGAUAUGGUGCUCGCCACCGAGAUGAACAAACACUACGAGCACCUGUCCAAGUUCGUCAACGUGUUCAGCGCGCCUUCAGUGGCUGAGGACGAGUCGACCGAGCUGGACAUGACGCGGCUCUGCACGCCCGACAACAUCGUGCUGAUCAAGCGCAUGCUCAUCAAGUGCGCGGACGUGUCGAACCCGCUGCGGCCGCGUGACAUGUGUGUGGAGUGGGCCAACCGGAUAGCCGAGGAGUACUUCUCGCAGACGGACUUGGAAAAGGAAAAGAACUUGCCAGUGGUGAUGCCAAUCUUCGACCGUGCGACUUGCUCGAUACCCAAGUCGCAGAAAGGGUUCGUCGAGUUCUUCAUCAACAGCAUGUUCGAAGCAUGGGACUCGCUGAUCGACAUCCCGGAGCUGAUCGACCUGCUGGAGGAGAACUACCAGUACUGGUGCGACCUGGAGCUGGCCGAGAGCCGCGGCGAGCCACUGCCGCCGGGCGACAUCGCCGAGGAGGAGAGCGGCGCCGACUCGAGCCCGGCCGAGGAGGAUCCGGCGCCCGUGCCGCGGCUCGAGCUGCCCGCCGGCGCCGACAGCCGGCCGUGACGCGGCGCCCCCGCG